ACACGAGGAGACGGAGGAGAAGGAGGAGGGCAAGAGGAAAGGUGUCAGGGAGGCCUCGGGAGACUCAGAGGAGCGAGGGAGCAAGAGGAAGAAGGAGGAGAAACGGAGAAGAGGAGAGAGACCAAAAUGUCAACACUGUGACAAAUCCUUCACAAGAUCUGGAUCUUUAAAGAUUCAUCAGAGAGUUCACACUGGAGAGAAGCCAUACAGCUGUGAUCAAUGUGGGGCAGCUUUCACAAUGAAGAGAUCCCUAAUAAUACAUCAAAGCAGUCAUACUGGAGAGAAGCCGUACAGCUGUGAUCAAUGUGGUAAAACCUUUUCUUGGACUGGUAGCCUAGUAGUCCACCGACGUGUUCACACCGGAGAGAAACCGUACCGGUGUGAUCAAUGUGGAAAAACCUUUACUAAUAGUAGUCACCUUAAAUCUCACCAACGUGUUCACACUGGAGAGAAGCCGUACAGCUGUGAUCAAUGUGGUGAAGCCUUUACUCAUAGUUAUGACUUUAAAAAACACCAGCUCGUUCACACUGGAGAGAAGCCGUACAGGUGUGAUCUAUGUGGUAAAACGUUUAUUUUGAGCGGUGACCUUAAAUCUCACCAGCGUGUUCACACUGGAGAGAAGCCGUUCUCGUGUGAACAAUGUGGGAAAACGUUUUCUGGGAGAAGUAGCCUUAAAUCUCACCAGCGUGUUCACACUGGAGAGAAGCCGUUCUCGUGUGAACAAUGUGGGAAAACGUUUUCUCUGAGUGGUCACCUUACAUAUCACCGACGUGUUCACACUGGAGAGAAGCCGUUCUCGUGUGAACACUGUGGGAAAACGUUUUCUCAGAGGGGAUAUUUAAAGAUUCAUCAGAGAGUUCACACUGGAGAGAAGCCUUACAGCUGUGAUCAAUGUGGGGCAGCUUUCACACUACAGAGUACCCUGAAAAGACAUCAACGCAUUCACACUGGAGAGAAGCCGUACAGCUGUGAACAAUGUGGGGAAACAUUUUCUCAUAGUGGUAACCUUAAAUCUCACCAGCGCAUUCACACUGGAGAGAAGCCGUACUGGUGUGAACAAUGUGGGGAAACUUUUUCUCGUGGUGAUGCCCUUAAAUCUCACCAGCGCAUUCACACUGGAGAGAAGCCGUACAGCUGUGAACAAUGUGGAAAAACCUUUACUAAUAGUAGUACCCUUAAAAGACACCAGCGCAUUCACACUGGAGAGAAGCCGUACAACUGUGAACAGUGUGGGGAAACCUUUUCUCAGAGUAGUAUCCUUAAAUCUCACCUGCGCAUUCACACUGGAGAGAAGCCGUACUGCUGUGAUCAAUGUGGGGAAACGUUUUCUCAUAGUGGUAACCUUACAACUCACCAGCGCAUUCACACUGGAGAGAAGCCGUACUGGUGUGAACAAUGUGGGGAAACGUUUUCUCAGCAUAGUAGCCUUAAAACUCACCAGCGUAUUCACACUGGAGAGAAGCCGUACUGGUGUGAACAAUGUGGGGAAACCUUUUCUUUGAGGGGGAACCUUAAAACUCACCAGCGCAUUCAUACUGGAGAGAAGCCGUACUGGUGUGAACAAUGUGGGGAAACAUUUUCUCAGAGUAGUAACCUUAAAAGACACCAGCGCAUUCACACUGCCUCGUUGUGA